GGGACGCCGCCGCACCACGUGGGAGGCAGAGCGCACGGGGCAGGCAGCUGCCCGUGGGCCCAGGGCCGGGCGCGGCGCGGCGAGCGUCCGUGCGUGCGCGCGCGUGCGUACGACCAGGGGAUUUGCGAUCAGGCGGCGCGGCGGACAGCCCCGGCGGCGGGGCGGGGGGAGUUAUAUUGCGGGGUCCUUCCUCGCUCACCCUGGUUCCUCUCGGAGCGGAGACGGCAAAUGGCGGACUUCGAUACCUACGACGAUCGGGCCUACAGCAGCUUCGGCGGCGGCAGAGGGUCCCGCGGCAGUGCUGGUGGCCAUGGUUCCCGUAGCCAGAAGGAGUUGCCCACAGAGCCCCCCUACACAGCAUACGUAGGAAACCUACCUUUCAAUACGGUUCAGGGUGACAUAGAUGCUAUCUUUAAGGAUCUCAGCAUAAGGAGUGUACGGCUAGUCAGAGACAAAGACACAGAUAAAUUUAAAGGAUUCUGCUAUGUAGAAUUCGAUGAAGUGGAUUCCCUUAAGGAAGCCUUGACAUACGAUGGUGCACUGUUGGGCGAUCGGUCACUUCGUGUGGACAUUGCAGAAGGCAGAAAACAAGAUAAAGGUGGCUUUGGAUUCAGAAAAGGUGGACCAGAUGACAGAGGCUUCAGGGAUGACUUCUUAGGGGGCAGGGGAGGUAGUCGCCCAGGCGACCGGCGAACAGGCCCCCCCAUGGGCAGCCGCUUCAGAGAUGGCCCUCCCCUCCGUGGAUCCAACAUGGAUUUCAGAGAACCCACAGAAGAGGAAAGAGCACAGAGACCACGACUCCAGCUUAAACCUCGAACAGUCGCGACGCCCCUCAAUCAAGUAGCCAAUCCCAACUCUGCUAUCUUCGGGGGUGCCAGGCCUAGAGAGGAAGUCGUUCAAAAGGAGCAAGAAUGAGCCUGCGGUUGGGAGGGAAUGGGGCGUGGGGGGUUAGAGCAGGACCACAGCCUGGUGAGUCCCCGGGCAGCCGUCCUGCAGCCGCCACUCCUGCGCCUGCCAUUGGCCUCCUCACAGCGGAAACACAGCUUGUGAGUGCAUGUCAGCUGUUAACAAGUGGUUUUUAGUACAUUCUGGGCUUUGCUGUAUCUAUCUAGUGCCUGUUUGUGCGUUUUUUUCUUUCUUCCGCUGCUUCCCCAUUUUCCUUCUGUCCUUUUCCUCCUGCUCCUUGUUUUCCCAGCAGCACAUGGGGUUCCUUGGAGGAGCGGAGGUGGCCGCCGUGGGGGGGCGUUUGGGCUGCGGUGCUGCGUCAUUUUUCCUUUGCUUUCUCUUUACUUUAGACACUGGCCCAACUCCAGGCGUUUCCUUUCAUUUCCUCAGUGCUUCUCUUCUGACCUGCAUGUUGAGUUCUGUAUUGCUGGGGCUUCCAACAAAAACCAGAGUCACUGACAGAGGGAACGGCAGAGACCUUGGUAUUCAGCUGUGAUGGAUAUAGAGAAUCGGAGGCACCUUGUUUUCACAACUAGGAUAAAAAUAUCUGCAGGGUCCUUUCCAUUCCUAUUUAGAGGGAGUCCUGGCUCCAUGACCCCCUCCCUAGUGGACUGUCCAAGCAGAUAGGCUCACACGAGAAACUGAGGCUGAAAGGGGGGGCCGUGGAAGAGCGGUAGGAAGUCCACGGAGAAGAUGCAGUGAAUGCUUGCAUGCAUUCACACGUGUGUGUGUCCCAGCUAGUUCACUCCUUUCGCCGUGCGUGGUGGAGGCUCGCUUCUCUGGCUGGGUGCAGUGAACGGCCAGCGGGUUUCUUUUCUGCUGGGCCAAGGCGCUUUGGGGGUGGAGGGGGUGGUGCUGGCGCUGCGCUGGGCUGACUGCGGCGCUGACGCGGCGUUUCCCCCCAUCCCUGUUGCCUGUGUGUUGUGUGGAUCUGUUCCUAGUAUAGGCAACAUAAUGAGAUACUGUGCUUCCUACCUCCCCUUCAGUUCAGAGCCAAAAUGGGUCUAGAAUCUGGCACUUUACUCAUUUCCUUUGAUAAAUUAAAUUGUACUAUGCAGAGCUGUCAGGAACCUUCAGAUAGCAGUAGAGGACUGCAGCUGUCUAGGUCUGCGGCCACAUCUUGGGGACACACUGGAUUGUUCCCAUGUGCAGGGUUCAGCACUUAUGUGGGAGUGCUAGGGGUUAGGCUUUUGAGCUUGAACGCCUGCGUGUGAACAGAUGAAAAAUCCUUCAGUACCCAAGUCCCAGUCUGUCCUAUGGGGAGCAGUUUGGGGGCGGCCGGCAGCAGGAGCCUGGGAAAGAGGCCCUCGCCAGGUGAUGGCAGGGCCAGGGUGGCCUGGGGCACCCAGCAGAAUGUGCUUAGUAUUUGGUCACCAGCCGUCAUCCUGGGCUUUUCCUACUGUGUCUUGUUACAAGGCCUCAGCAAUCCACAGAACUCUCUCUCCUUCCUUCCACCUGUCAGCUUCUCUGCUUCUGAGAUAAGAACCAUUUGUGUAACACCAACACUUAACUUCAGAAAGACAUGCAUUAUGUGGUGUAAUCAAACCCGAUGCUUUCAGAUGACCUACUUACAUCUUCAGUGUGGAUAAGAUAAAGAACAAAACACAUGCAUCUAAACUGCUGGGCAAUCCAGUUGACUUUUAAAUGUAAGAAUGGAAUUCCAAACACUUAACACAUUCAGCUAUAUGACAGAAAGUAAAUCUAUGGAUAUGGUAUUUUGUGAAUGAUCUUUUAAAUAAAAGAAAACCUUACGUAAUAUUUAA